AUGGAAGAAAAAUAAAUGCGGCAAAUUGAUCUCAUUAUUGGUUUUGAUCGAACGUGUGUGAUUGUUCUACAAAAUUAAUAUUAAAAUAGUGAAAUUGUUGUAUAAACUAGUUUUUUAAGUUUUAUAAUGGCCCAACUUUUAUCACGUGAAUGAUAUUAUAUUGUAAAAAAUAUAUAAUGUUUCUUAUUUUAUCUUUUAUUACGACACUAUCACGUGUCUAUCAUAUCAUUCAGAAGUUACUUUUAUUUCCUAGAAAUAAUUUUACUUUAAACGUGUUUAAAUUGUAAUAUUUAUUUAAGAUAUGAAAAAAAAUUGAGCAUUACGUACGUUAUUUUAUAAUUUAACCUACAAAUUGUACCGUAGCUAUUGAUUUAUUCUUAUAUCAAAUCCUAUACUCAUAAUGAGAUUCUAUGUUUCCUAUUGAAAAAUGAAACUAAACAAUGAGAGGAGCCAGAUGGUUCUAUAAAGUAAACGCUAUAAAAGAGCAAUUAUUUUCAUCAAAAAAUUUAUUAUACACCAAUGUAGCCAUAUCAAUUUCUCUUUCAGCUGUAGGAGAUAUUAUAGAACAACACUAUGAAAUAAUCAAGGGUGAAUGGGAAAAAUGGAGUCCAAGCAGAACAAGAAAUAUGGCCGUGAGUGGCAUGUCCAUUGGUAUACUUUGCCAUUACUGGUACAGAUACUUGGAUUCCAAGUUAUCUGGACGCACUAGUAAAAUUGUACUGAAAAAAGUAAUUAUUGAUCAGUUUGUCUGUUCACCACUUUGUAUAAGCAUGUUUUUUUUAACAUUAGCAUUAUUGGAAAGAAGUAAUUUGUCAGAAUUAAAAACUGAGAUAGUAAAUAAGGCACAUAGAUUGUACUUAGCAGAAUGGGUAAUAUGGCCACCAGCACAGAUCAUUAACUUCUAUUUUCUUCCAACUAAAUACAGAGUUUUAUAUGAUAAUACUAUAUCUCUUGGCUAUGACGUUUAUACAAGUCAUGUGAAACAUGACAAAGAUAACAUAAAAUGUUAACAUAAUUGUAUUUAUAAAUAAUUUUAAUAAUUGUUUAACACAUAGCAAUACUGAAGCAAAGAAAUAUUUAAAAAAAUGUUGUUCUAGUUAGAAAUGUAUCUACUGAAAUGACAUUGUUGCAUAAUGAGUUUUCCUGCCAAUAGGACUAGUAUUGUAUUAUCUUAUCUGAAAUUGAUGUAUAAGAUUUUCUAAGUAAGUGUCAUUUGAAGCGGUAUCUAUAAAUCAUAAUUAACAAGAGUAAACAUAUUAUGAGAACAUGUUCUUAUAACUUUUAGGUAUACAAUUUGAUAAGUGUAAAAAGAUCAUUUAUUUUUUUAUCUUUUAUAAACAAUAUCUAAAAGUUUGUUGGUAUUUUUAAAUGGAAUAUUAUAAUUUUUAAUUUCAAUACUAUAAUGUAAUAAUUCAUAAGUCAUUCAAAAAAGAUGGAAUGCAUAUCAAAAUUAAAAUAUAGGCAUAAAAAAAAGAAAGAGAAAAAAAAAUCACUCACGAAAUCUUCAAGUUUGUCUUCAUGGUAAAAAUUCUUUAAUCCUUAUCAGAUUCUACACAAAAAAUCAUAAGUUCUCAUAUGUUUUUUCUUAUUUAUUAUAAUUUAAUGAUUGUCUUUAUCUUAUUCGACACUUAUUUAAGGAUACUUUAACAACCUCGAUAAAUAAAUAAUACAAUAUAUAGUAAUAAAAACUCGAAUUAUGUAAAAGAUAAAAGGAAUUAUAUAAAAAAGUCAAUAUGUGUGAAAAAUACACGUAAAUAAAAGUGUGAAUAAAUUAAAUAAUUUGUUUCUCCCAAAUUCCUGUUUUUUUUUUUUUUUUCUUAAAAUAUAGCAGUUGAAAUGUUUUACAUAGUCCGUCAUAUUAUAAUGUAAUAUUAAUAAAUAUGAUAAAUUAACUGUGUAUUACCCAUUGUGUAAGAUUCGAAUUUGUACUCAGAUACUGAAUAAUUCGAAAUGUUCAUGGAAAAUAAAAUGUAUUGCAUUCAGAACAUUCCAUCGUGUAUUCCAAUAGGUACUAAUACAGCAAUAAAUAAUAAUAAGUUCCGAGCUACCAAUCUCCAGUCAUUUGGUACUGCAUAUGGUACCAACGUAAUUGUCAAUCUAUGUAUCUGUCAAUAGAAAAAAGAAAAUAUAAUAAAUUCUGUAAUACAUGUAGGAAUACUAAUGUAGCAAAUUGAAAGGAAGUACUACUUGCUUCAUGGCUUGCACAAAUGAAGAUAAAUGAAGUAAUUAAAAGAUUUAAUACUGGAAA